CCCAACCACUGUUGGGAUCCGUGAAAAUCUCAAAUCGUUCCAUGAAAAGAAAAGGAAGCCGUACCGUAAGUGGCUGUGGUCAUCAGCUAUUGAGGGAGGGGGAGGCUUUGCUUGCUUAGAGAGGGCGGCAUGGCUUCCACAGAGCGUUGGUGCGGGCUCCUGAAGGUUCCCUUAAACCCCAAAAGUCAGACCUGCUUCAGCGUUGCAGCCUCUCUCUGUCUCUCUCCUUCCUCGAAGACAUUAGUCGCACCUUCUGCUAACGCCAUAUUCUUCAAUGGAGAUCGAGUUCCAGGCAUGGGGAACCCCGUCGUUGAAAAGCUUUCCAAUUUGCAGAAUAUCGCUUCGAUUCUCGUCUCAAAGCUUGGGGUUCGUGUCAAUGCAUGGGUUGUAGAUGCCCCUCUGUUCAAUGGACCCUUUGCCGUCUAUAAAGAAUUGAUUCCCACUAUUAAUUCGAGGGGAGAACCUGCAUCUUAUGUUCCCGACGGGUUUCCUGCUACGAGUUCGUUGCAGUUGCUUCUUUUCAAUUGUCUUCAGGAGAUCACGGUACUUGUUUUUGAGUCAUCUUCCCUUUCCAAGGCCGAGAAGAUCGUUUCCUCCGUUGAGAAGACCUCUUCUACAGAGCGACAUUCAACUCCUGCAUCUAGUACGUGUCCAAAAACCAUUCUACUCGGAUUCAGUAAGGGGGGUGUGGUCCUCAACCAGCUUCUGUCUGAACUUGCCUCUUAUGAGAGUCAAGAACGCCACCAUCUCCAGCACCAAGAUCACAUUCUACCCCACUCAAUGGACGAAUUCUUCAAGAGCAUUGUGGAGUUUCACUACAUUGAUGUAGGGCUGAAUUGUCCGGGCGCGUACCCAACAGACCAUACGGUGAUCAACAAGACCAGAAAGUUCGCAGAGGCUAACAACAAUACGAUCCGCUUCGUGGUUCAUGGCACCCCCCGCCAAUGGAGUGAUUGUGGCCGGCCAUGGAUUCGGGAGGACAAGGAAAAAUUUGUUCAUCUGCUCGGGGUUGAAUCUAAAUCAAGCAAUGGUAAAUUGCAUGCAUGUGAAAGGCUGUACUUCUCAGAGCAGCAUCCGAGUUUACAGAUGCACUUCGAAAUAAUUGAAUGUGUAAAUCUUGGUUAACAGUUUGUAGUAUAUUACAGAUGCACUUUGAAAUAACUGAAUGUGUAAAUCUUGGUUAACAGUUUGUAGUAUAUCCGUAUUUUCCCUUCGUCCA